GCUACUCUCGCAGCUCGGUGCGUUGUUGUGGAUCCCUAAUUCUUGUAAGCUUGCGAGGGAUCGAUAAUGCGACAUUAUUGCAUUUGAUUGAGGCAUCGCUGACUGCAAGCUGCAGCACACGAUGUCGCUGUCAAAGCUGCCUGGCUUUGGCAUCAUCCGAUAUGCUAUAUCCACUGGCAUCAUGGUUGGUGCAGCACCUGAAUACUUUGCUAUAUGGAUGGGAUGGAGGCUCAUCUCUGUUCCACUACCAGCCUGGCUGUAUCAGAAGGUGGAUGAUAUGCUUUACUCUACAUACCAAAGACUGGUUCUCCUCUUCUUUGAACAUGCCACUGGUUUAGAGAUAUUCUUCUAUGGAGAUGCAGAUGACAUUUUUAAGAAGAAUGAGAAUGUGUUAUACAUUAGCAACCACCAAAGCACAGUGGACUGGAUCGCCUGCAACAUGGUGGCGGUGCGGCAGGGCGCGCUGGGCCACCUGCGCUUCGUCAUGAAAGACGGGCUGCAGUGGCUGCCGCUGUACGGCCACUACUUCUAUCAGCACGGCUGCAUCUACGUGCGCCGCGGCCGCUUCAGCCAGCAGAAGAUGAUACGUAGCCUCGAGUACCUGCAGCAGGAGCGGAUACAGUCGUGGAUCGUCCUGUUCCCCGAGGGCACGCGCUACGACCCCUCCAAGCCGGAGGUGAUCGCACGCUCCGAGCGGCUGGCGCUGGCCAGCGAUCUGCAGCCUCUGCAGCACCACCUCACGCCCAAGAGCAAAGGCACGUGGCUGACUCUGGACAAGGUGCGCCGCCAUCUGGACGCCUUGUAUGACGUCACAGUGGUGUACCAGGGGAGCUACAGCCACAGCCAGGGCAAGCGGGCCAGGACGGUGGCGCUGAUCGACUUCCUGCGAGGUUUUUGUCCGGCCAUGCACAUCCACGUGCGCCGAAUCCCCAUGUCGGAAGUGCCGGAGACUGAGGAGGCGUUCCAACGGUGGAUUCAUCAGCUGUUCCAGGAGAAAGACAGGAUCGUGGCGCCGUUCUACUCACAGGCCGCCGGCUCGGCGCAGGAGAUGGCGGCCCGGUUCCGCGGCCGGCGGCACCGGCUGCCGCUGUCGGCCACCGUGCCGUCGCUGCUGCUGUACGCCGCGCUGGCGGUGCCUCUGUUCGGCACCGCCGUGGGUCGCUGGCUCUACGCGCGCGUGCUGGUCGGAGGCACGCUAGCCGGCUACGCGUGGCUCGCGCUCCGCGCCGUCUGCUAGUGGCCCGCGCCGCCGCCGCUGGCAGUGGCUGGCUGACUGCGCUGGCGCUGGGAUAUUCAGGCGCAUUUUGUUUUUGAAACCCACUUCGUGUGGUGUUUUAGCCGGUGGCGAGGAUGGCACUGUCAGGAGCCGGUCAGGACCGUUGACGCUGACCGGUGUCCCGUCGGGUAGCGUUCAGGUGGGCCGGCCAUGAGGGUUUAUUUUAGGAAGGGUUGGCGCAUCGUGCCACCAGCGCUUCACACAGAGUUACCCAUAUGUAGUGCGCCACGGUCUAAGCGACGGAUUAGUGGUGCAGAACUCGUUUUUCAAGUUCAUUCCGUGUUUGGUGUUGUCCGUGCAUUGUAGCCAGUAUUCAUUUGGUGAGGCGGUCGACAGGAUAGCCGACAGUGCCAGCGAUUAUUCAACAUGAGCAGACUGCGUCCGCCGGGCCCUGUGUGAUCCAGUUGUCUUCUCGCGCCAGUCACCAGUGUGUUACCCUCGUUUGCAAUCACAGCGUUCCUCAUGAGAAAGCGCCGGGAGGCCGAGCCGAACGAACAUGUUAUGCGUAGUCAGGGUGUGUUUCAGCACAAGUGCGGCGCGUGCCAGCGGCUGCAUUGUGUCGUCAGCGAAUUCUUUUAACUUACACGUCCGUUCUGUUGAUGUGUGAAAUACGUUUUGUGCGAACUCAUUCGGUUUGUAAAUGUAGAGCGUGUCGAUUUACACCCUCUUAGCCACGAAGGGUACGUAGCUGUGGCGACUUUGAAAUUUGAGGUACACAUUUUAUCGCUUCAGGUAGGCUUAUACUUAAUCGUGCCAGCGAGGACGGACUUACCCGGAAUCUAUGACAAUUUUCAGCAUGCCUUUCAACGGCCAUCUUCCAGUGAUGCGAGUUAUGAAUUGCUUGAUGCAUCAUAUGUCACUGUGAUUUAAUGUACAUUGUGUCGAUGUCAAGUACUUACGUUUGGUUGAGGCUGUAAUGGGGUUUGGUAAGCCCCUGCGUAUGUGAACAAGAAGGGUAGGAUCUUUUGUCAUUGUGUUCAAGAGGUUACCUUGCUUACCUCGCCUUUUGCGUGUGAUCUCAUCGCUGUGACAAUCUGCUCGGCUGCGGUGUACUGCCGAACAAGCACCUUGUGUGACACUCGUGUGACAGAUCAGUUCAAUAAAGCAAUACUGCCGUGA